GAUGGGCAGGGGAGGAGACAGGCUGCCCGGGAAUCUAUUGGUCCACCCAGCCUCUCCCCUUGUAAUUUAGAAGCAGCCCCUUUGUAUAGGGAUCCGAGUAGAAUUCAACCAAACUGGGACUUCUCAGGAGUGAAGCCCUUCCUGCAGGGUUAGCUCUCAAGGUGUUUUCACAGGAGCAGGGCAGGAAGCAAUAGGAAAGCUAACUGGGGCUAAUUUGCAAGGAGACAGGCUUAGUCUUGGGAACAGAGGCGUUACAGCCAUUUGUGAAGAUUGCAGAGUGCAGGUCCGGUGGGCAAUCGGCAGCCCCUGCUUUCACAAUGGUCAGGCUCACAGUCACCCCGAAGGUAUCUCUUGCUGAUGAGCCGCUGAAAAUCCAGGUCUCUGGCUUGCCCCCCUCCCAGCUGGUGACUCUCCAAGCCUCUUUGACGGAUGAGAAAGGGGUGUUCUUCUACUCCCGAGCCCUCUACUGGUCAGACAAGGCAGGCGAGGUGGACCUGGAGCGGGCUGCUGCCACAGGAGGGGACUAUGCUGGUGUACAGCCCAUGGGUCUGUUCCACGUUCUGAAGCCGGAAAAGCCGUUCUAUAGGCUGAUGAAGCGGGACGUGAUGCAGAGUCCCUUCCAGAUCCGCCUGGACUUGUUCGACUCCAAUCACCUGUUUUCCUCACCCCACGAUCAGCCUGUGGCCAGCCAGACUGUGGACAGAUGGUACGUGGCACCCGGAGUACAACGGGUCCAGAUCAGGGGAAACAGAGUCCGGGGAGCCCUCUUCCUCCCUCCAGGGGACGGUCCUUUUCCAGGGGUGAUUGACCUGUUUGGUGGGAUAGGGGGACUUAUAGAAUUCCGAGCCAGCCUCCUUGCCAGUCGGGGUUUUGUUGCACUCGCCCUCGCUUACUUCGCAUAUGAAGACCUGCCCAGCUGUCUUGAUGAAGUGGAUUUGGAAUAUUUUGAAGAAGCUGCCAACAUACUCUUGGGACAUCCAAAGGUGGGCGGGGCAGGCGUUGGCGUGGUAGCAAUCUGCAAAGGGGCUGAGAUUGCUCUGGCAAUGGCCACGUUCCUACCACAGAUCACAGCCACUGUGUGCAUUAACGGGACCAAUGCCAUGCACGGGACAGCGCUGCGCUACCGCCAUCUCUACGUCAGCCCAAUCCCUUACAGAUUUGAGUGUGUCCAGAUCACGGCCCUGGGGCUGCUCUCUCUCUACAGUGUCAUUGGGGACACUCAAGCAGAGGCCAACCAAGGGAGCCUCAUCCCUGUUGAAAAGGCCCUGGGGCAGAUCCUCUUCGUCGUGGGUGAAAGUGACCAGAACUACAACAGCAAAGCCUUUGCCGAGGAAGCGAUGGAGAGGAUGGGGCAGCACGGGAGAAAGAACUGCACCCUGUUGUCUUAUCCAGGCGCGGGGCACCUGAUAGAGCCUCCUGGGUCCCCCUUCUGCUCCUGCUCGUGGAACCCCUUUUUCAGCUUGCCCUUGAUGUGGGGAGGGGAAGCCCACGCCCAUGCCGCAGCCCAGGAACAUUCUUGGAGAGAGAUCCAAAAAUUCCUUUGGCACCACCUCUGCCACACAGGAAGCAGCAAACUCUGAUAACAGGGAGGCCUGGAACCGAAAACGUUUGUGCCCUACGCCCUCCCCAGUUGAUCAAGAACUAUUGGAACAAGCUGUGAGCUCUGGGUAUUAAUGGGACAAGCUCCUAGUGGGGGAGGAGCCUUUCCAAUCCCCGUGUCUAUCAUGGCUUGCGGGCCGCAGGCAGGAAACACAAGUGCACAGACAAGAAUGAUCGAGUUUCAUACAAAGCAGAUGUGUGCGGGAGGCCUGAUUCAGCUCUCACUGACAUCUGUGGGAAGUGGGUCAGGCCCCAUGGGAGGGAGUCUGGUGGUGGCGUCUCUCUGCAGGGUUUUAUGCGGAAUGGUCCCCGUUUUGCUUCCCCGUAGUUCCAACCUGUGAGUUUUUGCCUCACGUGAACCCCAAAGUUUUAAGGGGAAAAUACUGACAUCGGGCAGGUCUACUGUGAUGUGCAUAGUUACAACUUGGCCAACCCAGCCUUGACCAGAUUCAUUUGAAUCUUAGCUCUGAUUUUCUUCCCUGCAGUGAAAAAAAGCUUCCCUAAAAAGUUGGCAGGAUGAUUUUUCUCUCUGACGUGCUGUUAAACCAUUAAACUAUGCCAGAAUUCA